GAAAGUCCCUCCCCUUCCUCUUCCCCCGCCUCUUCUCGUUUGUUUCUUCCCCUUUCCUUUCUUGCUCGUCACUCGUCUCCUUCGACCUCCGUAUCCUCGUGAAAACGAGAGAGAGAGAGAGAGAGGCGUAUGGAAACCAGAGGUAACUCUUUGGCGUCGGUUACCGGGACGGAUGGGACGAAGCGGCGGGUGUGCUACUUCUAUGAGCCGGAGGUGGGGAACUAUUACUACGGGCAGGGGCACCCGAUGAAGCCCCACCGGAUUCGGAUGACCCACGCCCUCCUCUACCACUACGGCCUCCUCGACCGCAUGCAGGUCAUCCGCCCUGUUCCCGCCCGCGACCGCGACCUCUGCCGCUUCCACGCCGACGACUACGUCGCCUUCCUCCGUGCCGUCACGCCCGAGACCCAGCACGACCAGCUCCGCGCCCUCCGCCGCUUCAACGUCGUCGAUGACUCCCCCGUCUUCGACGGCCUCUUCACCUUCUGCCAGACCUACGCCGGCGCCUCCGUCGGCGCCGCCGUCAAGCUGAACCACCAGCACCACGACAUUGCCAUCAACUGGGCCGGCGGCCUCCACCACGCCAAGCGCUGCGAGGCCUCCGGCUUCUGCUACGUCAACGACAUCGUUCUUGCAAUCCUCGAGCUCCUCAAGAUGCACGAGCGUGUUCUUUAUGUGGACAUUGAUAUCCACCAUGGAGAUGGUGUAGAGGAGGCCUUCUACACAACUGAUAGAGUGAUGACAGUUUCUUUUCAUAAAUUUGGAGAUUAUUUUCCUGGAACAGGAGAUAUACAUGACACUGGAUUUGGGAAAGGGAAAGACUAUGCUGUAAAUGUCCCUUUAGAUAUUGGAAUGGAUGAUGAUAGCUAUGAGUCUCUAUUCAAACCAAUCGUUUCAAAAGUAAUGGAAGUUUUUAGGCCUGGUGCUGUGGUGCUUCAGUGUGGUGCUGAUUCCUUAUCUGGAGACCGAUUGGGCUGUUUCAACCUUUCUGUCAAAGGUCAUGCUGAGUGUGUUAGAUACAUGAGAUCGUUUAAUGUGCCACUGUUGUUGGUGGGUGGUGGUGGAUAUACAAUUCGGAACGUUGCCCGUUGUUGGUGCUAUGAGACAGGAGUUGCCCUUGGUAUAGAAAUUGAUGACAAGGUGCCUCCAAAUGAAUAUCAAGGCUAUUUUGCUCCAGACUAUACCCUUCAUUUUGCAGCAAGUAAUAUGGAGAACAAAAAUUCACGCCAGUCAUUGGAUGAUAUAAGAACAAGGAUACUAGAUAAUGUUUCAAAACUUCAACAUGCUCCAAGUGUCCAAUUUCAGGAGCGGCCACUUGAUACAGAGUUUCCAGAGGAAGAUGAAGAUCAACAGGAUGAAAAUGAAAGAUAUGAUUCUGAUUCUGAUAGUGAAAUGGAUGAUCCUUCCCCUGUAGAUGAGACAUCAAGCAGACCUCCUGCAAAAAAUACCCAGAACAUAAGAGCUGAGAAGGAUUUUGUUGAAAAUGGAGUGAAAGAUCAGGAAUCUCGCAAAUUAGCUGCAGAAUGUGUGAAAGGUGUAGAGGUCAUGGGUGAGGAGAUGCCAUCAUGCUCCAAGACCUCGGGUAUAGAGUCCAUGGAAAUUGAUGAACCAAGUAACAUGAAGGUUAAAGAAGAUAAACAUGCUGCUCCUUGAACAUGAUUUGAUUACUAAAUCAGGUCUUCAAUAAGAGUAAAUAGGCAAUUUUCUGUGUUUGUUUUAAUGUUUUCAAACAUUUCCUUUAUUUAUCGUUUUACUUCUUCUUCAAUAACAUUAGGAGGGAAGCUUAAGCAAUUUGUUAUUCCCCUUGAUCAAAUGAAAGUGUCAGGAAACAAUUUACAGGUAGAUGCAUUAAUUGCAAUGUUGUAUAUGGGUGACUGAUUUUUCUUC